CUGAAAGACAGUCAUCAAAACCGAAAUCCUAACGACCCCCGCCAAAAGUAAAAAAAGGGCUAACCAGUGCGCUUUUUUCCCACCCCCGCGCAACGACGACGGAACGGAACGAUCGUUUUGUCCCCAUCACAAACCCCAUCAACAUGGCCGACUCCACCACCGCCGCCGCGGAGGUGACCGAGGUCGUCAAGAACUACGACCUGACGCCGAAAUUGAUACCGAAUCUCGACCGCCACCUGAUCUUCCCGCUGCUGGAAUUCCUCGACAACAAUGAGUCGUUCACGCACGAGGAGAUGGUGCAGGCCAAGUACGACCUGCUCAAGACCACCAACAUGACGGACUUUGUCGGCUCGCUGUACCGCGAGAUCCACAACGUCGAGGACGUCCCGGAGCAGUUCACCGAGAAGCGGGAGGUCGUCAUGAACACCCUCAAGAGCUUGGAGGAGAAGAGCAGGAAGGUCCUCGAUCUCUUCGAUGAUGCAGAUGUCGUCAGCAAUCUGCGCUCCGAUAAGGCUCAGAAUAUGAAGUAUCUGGAGGAGAACCACGGGGUCAACGUUGAUAUGGUCAAUGUGCUCUACGAGUUCGGUCAGCAGCAGUUCAGCAUCGGUAACUAUGCUGCCGCUUCUGAUUUGCUCUACCAGUUCCGAAUCUUGUCCACCGAUGGUGAUAAGACUUCCCAGGCCACCUGGGGUAAGCUUGCCUGUGAGAUCCUGAGGACGGAUUGGGAUGCUGCCAUGGAGGAGGUGACCAAGGUUAAGGACCUCAUCGAGCAGAAGCUCUACAACAACCCUCUUGCGCAGCUCCAGCACAGAACCUGGUUGAUUCACUGGGCCCUUUUCCCCUUCUUCAACCAUGACCCCGCUCGCGACCAACUGAUCGAGCUCUUCUUCUCGCCCGCCUUCAUCAACACCAUCCAGACCUCGUGCCCGUGGAUCCUGCGGUACCUCGCUGCGGCUGUCAUUACUAAUCGCAACCGCAAUCGGAACACCGGCCAGUACCAGAAGCAGCUCAAGGACCUGGUCCGUGUUGUCAAGCAAGAGCUGUACGAGUACCAGGACCCGAUCACGGAGUUCGUCGCCGCGCUCUGCAUCGACUUCGACUUCGAGGAGGCGCAGCGCAAACUGGGCGAGGCCGAGGAGGUGCUCAAGAACGACUUCUUCCUGGUGGCCACUGCCGAGGCGUUCGUCGACUCGGCACGACACCUGAUCUCGGAGAGCUACUGCAAGAUCCACCAGCGCAUCGACAUCAAAGACCUGGCGCAGCGACUGAACCUGAGCCAGGACGAGGGAGAGAAGUGGAUCGUCAACCUUAUCAGGGACACGCGGGUAGACGCCAAGAUCGACUACAAGGAGGGCACCGUGGUGAUGAACCACCCACCGCAGUCGGUGUACCAGCAGGUGAUCGAGCGGACAAAGGGAGGGUUCUUUAGAACACAGGUCAUCACCGCGGCGGUUUCGAAGGCGUAAUCUUUUUCUCUCUUUCUUCCGUCAAAAUGGGAUUGCUUCUUUUUACUUUUUUCUCCGGGGGUUUUCUUUACUGCUUUCGUCUUCUUCAUCAUCAUCGUUUUUUUACUUGUGGAUUUUUUUAUGUGGGUUUUCUCUGGCUACGGUACUACCUCGACGGAAUUUGUAUGGGGUUUCUCUCUCUUCGAACUUCGUAGGCAUUGGAGUGAUGUGAACGGAAGGUGUGCUUUGGGUCUACAUACAUAGAUCGGAAAAGUUGGCACAACUACCAGCUUGCUUGCUUGCGGUUUGCAAUUGGUUGCAGGAUUGAGUGGCUGUGUGAUGAGAUGAAGAAUCAGACACCUCUGUUGAGCUCUCAGGUUAUCAUAGCCGGUUGACACCGCCAUCUCCCAC